CGCAGCGCCUUCUGACGCUACAGAGCGCUUCUGAUUUAGCACUUUGAUUCAUUUAGAUUUAAUUCUAAUGCAAGCUGUUUAGAAUAUGCUUUAGUUUAAGUGGACGUGAGAAUAAGGAGUCUUCAAACCAGACAUUCGUCUAUAAAUUAUUCAAAAGCCUCCUGCUGAAUCUCGACAGACCCGUUCUCAGAUCAAAUAGUUUAACAGUUAAAACAUUAAUUAGAGAAAUUUAUAUUCAUAUAUUUGACAUUUGUUCAGUAUGACUUAAACAGACACUGAUUGGGCUUGAAAAUAUCAGAAUUCUGUUUAAAUCUCAGAAUUAAACCAGGCCCCGUUUUAAUGCGUCGUUCAGUUUCCUUAGCUCCUCAGUGCACUGUGCAGUAUUUUCUUGGAUUGUUUAUUGUAUUUUUUGUUCAUAUUCCAUCUGUGACAAAUCAGGGUCUUAUUUACGCCAUCAUAAUUUUGGGACAUUGAACAAAUCCAGAUCUGUACUCUGUUUCUUUUAAAACAAUCCAGCCUCCUCCAACGCAGGAUUGACUUUAAAUUGGUGCAUGUAGGAGUCAAAUGAAGAGCAUUCAAGCAGUGAAUUUGCUCUUUAAAGCAGUUUGCUUGUUAAUAUGUAUAUUUGAGUGGCGCUUCAGUGUCGCUCACGUUCAGAGUGGUGACUUUUCCUGCUGUCACCCUGCAAGCACUCGGCUUCGUGGUGAUUCUGGUGCCAGUUAAUUUAGUGGGGGCUGGUUAACUCCCUGGUAUUAGCACUAAUACCAACGUGUGCACGUGUUACAACCACUGGUGCUGCCCACAGAUCAGUGACUUACUUACCAGUGGACAAACAUCUGUUAUUUCCAAUUGUAAAUAUUUUUAUAUUUCACUUUUAAUGACACAGCUAAGAAAUUAAAUUCAGUAUUCACUGUUUUGUAUCAUGCAUUGCAUCAAAAUAUAAAAAAACGCAUUUACUUAAAGAGUUACGCAGCUUUUACAGAAGUGGCCGAUGGGACUGCACCCAGGUCAGCAGGGAGGCCCCAUCCACAGCCUCCGGCUCCGGGCCUGUUCUUUACCAAGUGGGGCCCUAAUAGACUUAACCUGCCUCACACACGGCCCAACACGACAAGCGCGGUCUACCUGUAAGCUCAGUUAUUUUAAAAAGCAGCUGAUCGUUUGCACAGAGAGGCCACUGAUCCUGUUUAGUGUUAAGGACAUAAUGAGGAUGUAUUUUUAGCUGCUACUCUCAGACAAACAGCAGUGUUCGGCUCUACGUGAGCUGAAUCAGGCCGAUCGGGCUUCCGAUGUGCGAUUUCUGGUUUUUAAAAAUCUGUCAUGUGCAUGAUAACCUGAUGGUGUAACAGACAGUGUUUACCUCCAGGCCAGUCGAGCCACACACGACAACAUGGCUAAAGUCUGCAGCGACGCUUCCUUUUCGUCCAGACAGCGGUUAUCCGCCCACACCGCUGAUGCCGAGCUGGCUGUCGUUGAAAAUGGAGACAGCAGGAUUCACUCUCUUUGUGAAGACGCCUGCGAGGGAGCGACGUCUUCCGGGUCCCACAGAGGCUCAUUAACGGGCGUUGGUACUAUGGGCAGGAUCUCCUCCCUCUUCCUCACGCUGCGGAACUGGGCGUCUCACAGGAUGAACCCCGAAGAACAAAGACACGACUCCUUCCUGGAGCGCUUCAGAGGCCCGGAGCUCAAAGAGACAUCCGGCCGAGGGAGCAGCGCCCCGUCGCUGGGCCGCAGCGACCGUAAACGAAAUGCCAGUAAGUGGCCGUUAGCUGCUUACAAUACGAAUAACUGCAACAACACGGAUGACAAAAAAGAGGACAAAAAAGAGGAGAUUAAAAAGGAUGAGAAAAAGGAGGAGGAAAAAAAAGAAGAGAAGAAAGACGGUGACAAGAAGGAGGAGAAGAAGGAGGAGAAAAAAGACGAGAAAAAGGACGAGAAGAAGGAUGAUAAGAAAGAUGAUAAAAAGAAAGAGGAGCCUCCGAAAGAAAUCUGGAUUAUGGAUCCAGCCGCAGACCAGUACUACAGGUGGCUGACCGUGAUCGCCGGCCCAGUGUUCUAUAACCUGAUAAUGAUUGUUACAAGAGCCUGUUUUAACGAACUCCAGCAAUCGUACACAAACCUGUGGAUAUUCCUGGACUACACCUCAGACUUCAUUUACUACACGGACACCUUUGUCCGAUCAAGAACAGGUUACCUGGAACAAGGCCUGUUGGUGAAAGAUGCCAAGAAACUGCGAAGCAAGUACAGAACCACGUCUCAGUUCAAAUACGACAUCAUCUCAAUGAUACCAACAGAUCUGCUCUUCCUGAAAUUUGGAUUCAAUAACCCGGAGUUUCGAUUCAACCGCCUUUGCAAAAUGCCAAGGCUCUUUGAGUUCUUCGAGCGGACCGAGACCAGGACCAGCUUCCCCAACAUGUUUCGAAUCAGCAACCUGGUGCUUUACAUCCUCGUCAUCAUCCACUGGAACGCUUGCAUGUUUUUCGCCAUUUCAAAAACCAUUGGUUUCGGCACUGACACCUGGGUGUAUCCCAAUAUCAGCCACCCAGAGUACGGCCGCCUAGCCAGGAAGUACAUCUACUCCCUGUACUGGUCCACACUGACCCUCACCACCAUCGGAGAAACCCCCGCCCCAGUCCGAGAUGUUGAGUACCUCUUCGUCAUCGCUGACUUCCUCACCGGUGUGCUGAUCUUUGCCAGUAUUGUCGGUAACGUUGGUGCCAUGAUCUCCAACAUGAACGCCUCGCGCGCCGAGUUCCAGGCCAAGAUAGAUUCCAUAAAGCAGUACAUGCAGUUUCGAAACGUCACCAAAGACCUGGAGGCCCGGGUCAUCAAAUGGUUCGACUACCUUUGGACCGAGAAGAAGACCUGCGAUGAGAAGGAGGUGCUGAAGAACCUCCCAGACAAGCUGAGGGCUGAGAUCGCCAUUAACGUCCACUUGGAUACGUUAAAGAAAGUGCGCAUCUUCCAAGACUGUGAAGCCGGUCUCCUGAUCGAAUUGGUGCUCAAGCUGCAGCCGCAAGUGUUCAGCCCCGGAGAUUAUAUCUGCAAAAAGGGGGAUAUUGGCCGGGAAAUGUACAUCAUCAAAGAAGGGAAGCUGGCUGUGGUGGCCGAUGAUGGAGUCACUCAGUUCGUGGUGCUCAGUGACGGUGCGUACUUUGGGGAAAUCAGCAUCUUGGGCAUCAAAGGCAGCAAAGCAGGGAACAGAAGAACCGCCAACAUCAGAAGCGUAGGCUACUCCGAUCUCUUCGCUCUGUCCAAAGACGACUUGAUGGAAGCUCUCACCGAGUACCCAGAAGCCAAGAAGGCUCUGGAGGAGAAGGGCAAAGCCAUCCUGAUGAAGGACAACCUGAUCGACGAGGCCAUCGCCAACGCCGGCGCCGACCCCAAGGACCUGGAGGAGAAGGUAGUGAAACUGCAGAACAACCUGGAGGGCAUGCAGACCAAGUUCGCCCAGCUGAUGGCGGAGUUCACCUCCAGCCAGACGAGGAUGAAGCAAAGGGUCACCCAGAUGGAGGCCAAGGUGAAGUCCAUACAACCCGAGGACCUGUCUGAGGUGGAGGCCGACAAAGACAAAAAGGUCAAGUAACGGCCUUCACGGGGAAUGAACGGACUUUCAUUAGGAUCAGUAGUGACACUUUUUAAAGAGCCACGUUUCUAUUUAUACAUCACGCUUAUCAUCCUAAUGUGUCAAACUGCACAGGGCUGCAGGAACGUAUAUUUUUUGGAUGUAUGCUUGGCAGCCACGCCGAUCUGCUCAGAUCAGAAAUUAUUAACAAACAUUGUUGACUGUAAAUGUGUGAUGCUUUUCGUGUAUAAACAUUAAAAUGUUCAUUUAACACGUCA